AUGGCGAGCGUGCCUUCACCCUCUCCUCCUCCUCCUCCACACUCCGCCUCCAAUUCCGGCAACAUCUCCCCCAGGGACACGGUGGAAGCUGCUUCGAACAACGGGAUUUGUCACGUCGACGAUAAAAAACCUAACUUCACCGAUGGCCUGGAUCACUUGGACAGUCCACAGUGCAUUGAGAGGUUCAGAAAAUAUGACAAUGAGUACGCUUAUCGAUUGGUUGCAAAAUAUUUCUCUAACAAAAACAUUUAUGGAGGCAACAUAUUUGAUGUGCAACUAAGAGUAAAUGAUGAACUCAUAAAUUCAAGCGGAUUCGCUUGUUACAGGUCAUAUGCAGACCCUGUAGUAGGUUAUGAAGAUCAAUCAAGCAAUGGAUCAACACCACCAGCAGAUUCUCAAGCUAGCAUUCCCAAUGGGAAACAUGUGGUGAAGAAGAACUGA